AUGGCAACCAAUCCAGGCAUCAACAUCUCUAUCGAUCGCGGUGGCACAUUUUGCGACGUCCUGGUGCAAGUCCCCGGUCGCGAUGACUUUGUGUUCAAGUUGCUGUCGGAAGAUCCGCAGAACUAUCGUGAUGCCCCUACGGAGGCAAUCCGAAGAGCACUAGAGUUUAUAGAAGGGCGACAAAUACCCGUUGGUGAACAGCUAGACGGGUCCCAGAUAGCAUCGUGCCGUAUCGGAACAACAAUCGCGACGAAUGCAUUGCUGGAAGGCAAAGGUCGAGAAUUCGCAUUUGUCACCACCAAAGGCUUCAAAGAUGUCUGUGUUAUUGAUGACCAGACGCGACCAAAACUGUUCGCCUUGAACGUCCGAAAGCCUCCUGCCCUCCAUGCAACUUCGGUAGAAAUUGAUGAACGCAUCACUGUCGAAGACUAUGACCUCAAUCCAUUUCCUCUGGACAAGACUGCGAAAAUCACAGAUCCCGCACUGGUGCGAACGCCAAGCGGGGAAGUGAUAAGGGUCUUGAAGGCCCUUGAUUCGGUCGAGGUUCGGGAAGUACUGCGCAGGCUGCGGUCGGCAGGCUACAAGUCUUUGGUGAUUUCCUUCUUGCAUUCCUAUCUAUAUCCUGACCACGAGAACCGGGUAGCGCAGAUCGCACAGGAAAUGGGCUUUGAAACCGUGAUCAAAGCCUCCGAAGUCAGCCCCGUUAUCAAAUUUUUGCAACGCAGCAGCUCGGCUUCUUCAGAAGCAUAUCUGUACCCAAUCGUCAACGAUUAUGUCACGGCAUUCCAGGCCGGGUUUAGUGUACUCCCUCAACGUGUGGAGUUUAUGGGAUCUGACGGAGGCUUGCGGCAAGCUGACAGGUUCCGUGGAAAUGAAGCUCUUCUCAGCGGGCCAGCUGGCGGCGUAGUUGGAAUUGCUCGAACCUGUUUUGAUGCUGCCGAAGGGACCCCUGUUCUCGGAUUCGACAUGGGCGGAACUAGCACAGAUGUUUGUCGAUAUGACGGCAAGUAUGAUUAUUUGACCGAGACGACGGUGGGGGGUCGAAAAAUUACAGCGCCGAUGUUGAACAUCGCAACUGUUGCCGCUGGUGGAGGUUCCAUGCUGUUUGCUCGUCAUGGGCUGUUUGUUGUUGGGCCCGAGAGCGCGGGAGCUCACCCCGGUCCUGCCUGCUAUCGAAAGGGAGGACCUCUCACCGUGACAGACGCGAAUUUGUUUCUGGGGAGACUGGUUCGCUCUUCUUUUCCCGCUAUCUUUGGUCCGAAUGCAGACCAACACCUGGACCUUGAGAUCACCAAGCGAAAGUUCCAUGAUAUCACUCGCGAAAUUAAUGAACAAACUAGACAAGCGCUUACCGCAGAAGAAGUUGCGUUCGGAUUUCUUGAUGUCGCAAACGAGACCAUGACCCGGCCAAUGCGCAACGCCACAGAAGUACGAGGGUUCGCACCAAGCAGCCAUACUUUGGUCAGCUUUGGAGGGGCUGGUGGUCAGCAUGCUUGUUCAAUUGCCAACAAGCUCGGUAUCACACGGAUUCUGAUCCAUAAGCAUUCUUCACUGCUAUCAGCUGUCGGCAUUUCUCAGGCUGACCUGCAGGUUGAGAACACAGUCCCUUUUGUUGGGUUCUUCAAUUUCGAAGGGCUAGAUGUCGUUCGAGCCCAGAUUGGCAAGCUCAAGUCUCAGGUUGAAUCUGCACUAUUAUCACAGGGUGCGGAUGCGUCUACUGUUGUCUUCGAAGAAUCUCUCAGUUUGAGAUACGCGGGCACAGACACCAACAUUGUCAUCCCGAAACCAGAGGGGGAGGAUUACGGAGCCUCUUUCGUAGCAACGCAUCUUCGAGAAUUUGCGUUUGUUCUCGAAAGGAAAAUACAUAUCGACUCGAUCAAGGUCCGUGGCGUUGGGCGAAGUUGUAUUCUCGCAGAGACAAUAUCCCCAUACGCGAUGCUGGAACAAGUCAAAUCUCAAAAAGACUACCUGCAAUCUGAUCAAACACAGCCUGUGUUUUUCGAUAAAAAGUGGCACAACGUUCCGAUCUUUGAGCUUGGUUCAUUCAAGCGUAGCUGUCAGGUGCAAGGUCCUGCUCUGCUGAUUGACGCAACGCAGACGAUCUUCGUAGAGCCACUUUUUGAUGCCUACCUCCUUCCUAAUCAUCUAGUACUCGAAAAGUCACAAACUGGCAUGUCAAAUGCUGUAACCCCUCAGAUCUCUGGAACUAUCGACCCGAUCCAGCUUUCCAUUCUUUCUCACCGGUUCAUGGCAAUUGCAGAACAGAUGGGGCACACACUGCAGCGCACAUCUAUUUCGACCAGCAUCAAAGAGCGCCUCGACUUUUCUUGUGCCAUAUUUUCACGGGAGGGAAAGCUAGUGGCCAACGCCCCACAUAUCCCCAUUCAUCUUGGAAGCAUGCAAUAUGCAAUCCAAUACCAGCACCGUCUUUGGGAAGGAAAAUUAAAGGCCGGCGACGUCCUUCUCAGCAAUCACCCCGAGUGUGGUGGAACCCAUCUGCCGGAUCUGACUAUCAUCACCCCGGUAUUCGUGGACGACGACUCUACCGUUGCUUUCUAUGUGGCAGCUCGGGGUCACCAUACCGACAUUGGCGGCCAAGGAAUCACAUCUAUGAUGCCAGACUCCAAGGAGCUAUGGCAGGAAGGUUUCAACGUUCGCUCGAUGAAAAUAGUCGACGCCGGUGUCUUCCUUGAAAGUGAUGUGCGAAAAGCUUUCUUGGCCGCGGGUGAUCUCCCUGGCUGCAGUCCAACUCGGCGAUUGGAAGAUAAUAUCUCCGACAUCAAAGCGCAAAUCUCGGCCAACCAGCGUGGUAUACUUCUUUUGCAGAAGAUGUGUGCUGAGUUCAGUUUCCCCUUUGUGCACCGUUACAUGAAUGCCAUCCAGAUGAAUUCGGAAACGGCUGUCAGGGAAUACCUCAAGAAGGUUUCCCGAACUAAGGCCAUGCCCUUGACGGCCAGCGAUCAUUUUGACGAUGGAACCGUUCUCAAAGUUUCAAUCUCAAUCGACGAAGCUGGUGGAGCAGUAUUUGAUUUCGCGGGAACUGGGCCACAAAUAUGGGGAAAUUACAACUGCCCAAUAUCCAUCACCCAUUCAGCCGUCAUCUACAGUAUCAGAUGUCUGGUCGACGCCGAUAUUCCUCUAAAUGAUGGCUGUCUAUCGCCGAUAGACAUCCGCAUCCCCAUAGGAUCAAUUCUAAGACCCACUGCUGCCGUGGCGGUUUGUGGUAGUACCCUGGCAAGCCAGCGCAUUGUCGAUACAAUCUUGCGAGCAUUCGAAUGCUGCGCGGCAUUCUCAGGUUGUGCGAACAGCUUCGGCUGGGGUAUGGGAGGUAGAGAUCCCGCCACUGGGAUCGUUGAACCUGGAUGGAAUUAUGGCGAAGCCGUCGGAGGCGGUUGCGGCGCCGGUCCCAGCUGGAACGGGGAACAUGCCGUUCAGGCUCACUCCACAAACACCAAAAUUACAGAUGCGGAGGUCGUUGAAAAGCGAACUCCUGUGAUCAUUCGCAGACACUCCAUCAAUCCCAAUACCGGUGGUGCUGGCACGUAUAAAGGGGGUAACGGUGCAGUCCGUGAGAUUGAGGCUAGAAUUCCGCUUAAAUUCAGCAUUCUCAGUGACAGACGAGUCUUUGCUCCCUAUGGAAUGAGCGGAGGUCAACCUGGCUCUGUGGGAAAGAACUACGCAUUCAAGUGGAAUGAUGGAAAGACAGCGUUGGAGAGACUCUCUCUGAGUGGAAAGGCUGCUCUCACCCUGCAAGCAGGGGAAAUCAUGCAAAUAAAUAGUCCUGGUGGAGGAGGAUGGGGUGCUUCUGCUGAAUUUGUGAAAUAG